AUGGACGACAUCGAUUUGCGCGCCGUUGAGACGUACGACACCCGAUCGCGCGCCGCUGAUCAGCCGUACGACACCCAACCGCGCGCCGCUGAGCCGUACGAUACCCGAUCGCACGCCGCUGAUUCGCAGCAGCUGCUGUCGGAUCUCAACGCAUCCCAUUCCGCCAUACCACCCGCCGCCGCCACGAAAAAGUUCCUGGAUGAUCUCCACAGCGCGCAGGCCGGUCUCGUCUCGUGGUCCCAAGUGACCGGGGACCGGGCCACUGAUCAGGCGUGGAAGAAUGCUUGCUACCACUUUCGCAUCCCAGGGUCAUUGGCGAACAUCGGAUUGGUUCUCGCUACCCUGAAGACCCUUAUGGGGACGGGUGGCAUGUCUGGAUCUGACGACCAGCUGACCGCGACAAAGGAGGCAGUGGCUCAACUGAUCAGCGUCAUGAAGCUGGGGUCCUCUUCGCAGAAGACCGCCACCAAUUUCUUGACGGACUGCCUCAUGACCGCCGGUGUGAAGACGAGUGACAUCGUGGCGUCUCUCUCCACCGAGAUCAAUCAUCUUGGGGCGAUCAGCGAGAAAGACAAGCAAUCAGGCGUCAUCGACAAGGGGACCGUCCUCCGCCUUGGAGCCCUGAAGAAACGAAUCGCCGACCUGCUCAAGGAGAACACGGAUGCAAGCGCGACCGGAAAGCUCACAGAGGAGGCUCGCCAAAGCAUCGCCACGUACCUUGCCACGGCGCAUCUCGCGGUGUGUCAAUACCUCAAACCGAUGGAGCCUCAGGCGAAGCUGCAGCUGGAGGAUAAUGUCGCGAUGGUCGAACGUUGA